GGUCUAGCGCCUCGAUCCUCCUUCUACUUAUGUAUCUUCACCAGGGUACCUACUGUAGGUAUGUACCCAGUAGGUAGGUAGUUACUUACACGUAUGUCCCCUGUUGCGUUUCGUCUCUCAGCCUUGACACCUUGAGAGCCGCGAGACAACUUGCGUAGGACGCAUUUGCGAAAGGAAAAAGCGAUGCGCCUUGACCUAUUCUUCAGCUGCCAGCACGACUCCAUGUUUCUUCGACCCGUACCACCUUGAUACCUGAGCCAGAUAUGGCGCUCGAGCCCGGUCCUCGACGUUCCAUGUCUCCCAACAGCUCUGGGCGCAAUACUCCCACCCUACGACAAUGGCGGAAUCAACUCAGUGCAGAUGAUGACCUCCCCAAAGACAAGCAUUACCGAAAAUAUGCUUCAGGUGUUGAGCGAGCCCUGGCGCUGUUCGAUACGGCUUUGGAAGAAUGGGCAGAUUACAUUUCUUUCUUGAGUAGGCUCCUCAAAGCCCUGCAAGCCCGACAAGCGAAUAUUACAACUAUACCUUCGAAAGCACUAGUCGCAAAGCGUCUUUCUCAGUGUCUCAACCCGUCCCUCCCGUCCGGUGUUCACCAAAAGGCCAUCGAAGUAUAUGCAUAUAUCUUUUCCGUUAUUGGUGAUCAUGGACUAUCGAGAGAUCUGCCGUUAUACCUCUCGGGCUUGGCCCCGACCCUUUCGUUUGCUUCCUUGGCGGUUCGAACUCGGUUCCUGGAUUUACUUGAGAAACACCUUCUCCAGGUUGAGCCGUUAGCCUUGCGCCCAGCCCUGAAAUCUAUUAUAAUGGCACUUCUUCCGGGUCUGGAGGAUGAAACAAGUGAAGAUUUCGAUCGCACUUUGCAUCUAGUCGAGAGCUUUAAGGCUGUUAUUCGGCCACCUAACAGUCGUCCUCUUACAGAAAAACACUCGACCGGUGACGACUUUUUCUGGCAGUGUUUCUUUCUGGCUGCAAUAACGAGCGGAAGCCGGCGUCCAGGUGCGCUAGCAUACCUAACCCGAAAUUUGCCCCAACUUGGACAACCGCUAAAUUCCGAGCCUGGACUUUCAUCUAAGAAUAGUGAAGAAACGGAGAGCCUCAAUUUGACAGCCGCACUGUCGAGUAUGGUAACUUCUCCGGAGCCUGGUUUACUCUUGAGAUGUUUUGCUGCAGGCCUUAGGGAUGAGCAACUCUUGAUUCAACGAGGCUUUCUUGAUCUUCUCGUAGCCAAUUUACCCUUGCAUUCCAAAGUGCUUCAAAAACGUGUGAAGCCGGGCGACUUAGAGCUGCUUCUUCGCGCGGCUGCGGGGGUUGUUACGAGGCGAGACAUGAGCCUAAAUCGGAGACUCUGGGCCUGGUUCCUUGGGCCCGAGCAACCUCCUCAAGACCAAGAAAAUGGUCCAGAGUCGCCUACAUCCCCAGCCGAGAACUACCAUGGAUACUUAGCUUCAAGAACAAGCUACUUUGAAGAAUUCGGGCUUCAACUGCUGAUAGACGCCUUAAUGUCCAUGAUCAAAAGUUCGUCUAAUAGUGAUGUUGCAGAAAAAGCAAAACCGUAUCGAAUUUGUCUAUCUCUAAUGGACAGAUGGGAGAUCGGUGGUCUUGUUGUACCCGAAAUAUUCCUCCCUGUCAUUAUGAGCGUGCGCGAUUUCGGAUCGAAGACUACAGAUAAGGCCGCCUUCAACGAAGUUCUUCGUAGCGCCAGCGUAUUUUUUGAUGGUGUAGAGAGUGGCCUGAUAUAUGGCGAACUUGCAGAGCUCAUAGCUCAAGCUAUAGGUCCAGGGAAUCUUUUGGUAUCGGAGCGUAUCGAAAAAUUGACGCUUGUUCAAUUCAUCAUGACUCACUUCAACAUACGAGAAGAGGAAAUGGUCACCCUUCAUGCUCCUCUCGUUGCGUUAUUCGGCCUUGCAAUUGUAGAUGUUAGCGGACAACGUGAAGAGUCACAGUCCCCCCUGGAGAGCGAGAUCAGUCCUAUCAUAUCCCAGGCACUCGAAAUUGUUAUGAACAUGAUUCAACUUGUCCCAGAGCGCACUUUUUCAGUUACCUCACACCAAAACUCACACAUAUUGAGUGAAACUCCCAUUCUAGCUCCCAUAUCAAACGGUGAAUUGAUACAGAAGAUCAGACGAUUCUAUGUAUCUGAGCAAGGAAAUGUGGAGGCUGGUUCUAUUCCACUCUCAGCACCAAGAAUAGGGGAUCUCCUAGUACAGAAAGCUUGUAGCUUAGUCUGCAGCAGCUUUACAUCCCCAAAUCAUCUGGCUGAUGUGUCUAUACGAAGCCGUCUACUGGUCCUAUUGCUAUCAAAGACAUCGCCCAAAAAUGUUCUCGACACAGAAAGGUUGCUCGCUUCAAUGCAAGCUCAACUUGCACAUUCUCCAAUACCUUUUGUCUCCUUUAAAUCUGUUCUAUCGCUUUCAACACAACUUUACUAUAGCGACCUGAUCCCAAUGCACGCAUUAUCCGAGUUAGUAGACCCUUUAGUACGUCACGCAUGGCGCUUUUUAUCAGUUGCAGAGCCAAAAUAUCAUGUCGAAGCUGUGAGGUGUUUGUGGCAACUCCAAACAGCCCUUUCCGUUUCCAAUCGUGAUAUUGAAGCAGCAAUAGCAAACAUCAUGCUAGAGAACGAUACGGCUGGGAUGCUUGCAGCUCGUGCAGCUGACCCAGGUCGAACCUUUUGUCUUCUGUGGUCUCACACCUUACAAGACAAUGCCUCGUAUUCCGACCGAAGAGCUCCUAAAACGCCAAUGGGAGAGUUCCCAAAUCCUCCUCGAUUAUCUGGUAUGGAUUACUACGAGCUCAUCCUGACGAGACCCCUAUUUCUUAUGCUCGACGCCCUACUCGAUGAGAAAACCCAGCUAUUCAUGGUGAUAAAACACUGGCUUAAUAACGUAAUUGGCAUUGAAAAACUCUUUUUAGUCUUUGUAACGAAAUUUUCGGAACUUCAGUUUCUUCAUAACCUUCCGAAGACUAUGAGUCAUGCCGCAUCGAAUUCGUCAACCAGCUUUUCCACCGAAGACGAACUUGACCUCGGCUUGUACUAUAUCCGUGCAUUAUCUAAUGUUCUUCGAUGGGCACCAGACGCCCUUUGGGGUGUCUUGGCCACUAGGAUCAUCGACGCGCCCGGGCAGCGUCUACCAGACAUCAUCGGCUCUGAAGGUGAUGCCUCACUUCAAGAGUUUUUCGUGCACGUUUGCCUGCGUUGCGUGGCGGGGAAUAAAAUUCCUGAGGAUAAAGGAACGCAGAUUCGUGCAGCCCAGCUUCACCGCAGUGCCCUUACACUACUGCACCAAAUCCUCCUAAACCCUUAUGCUGAAGUGCUUUCCUCCCUUAAACUAGAGACAGGCCUAAUCGAUCGACUUAGUCAGUCACUAGAGCUUCCUGAUCCAUACAUACAAGUUCUUCUAUUGGAUGUGGUUUUUGCCUCCCUCAGACUCCGGGACGCAUCGCCAGCAGAGAAACCAAGUUCCCCGACCGGAGAAAAGCGUGCGUUAACUUAUCCGUCAGGCAGUAUGCGAGGACCUCCUGCCUCGAUAGAACGCAUUGCGGAGCAUUCAUCGCCGCCGCCUUCACUUCUUAAAUGCAUACAAGCGGGGCUCAGUUCGUCAAAUAGCCGUUCUGUCCUAGAUAGCUGGGUGGGAUUUUUGACCGAAAGUCUACCACUUUAUUCAAAUACCAUAUUUCAGGUACUAAUUCCUCUGGUCGAGACUCUAUGUGGUCAGAUUGAUCAGACUUUCGAUGGCCUCCAAAGGAUGUUCAACCAGAGCGGAAGCCCUUCUAGCACGAGUGCCCCCGAAUCUACGCUCAUAUCGCUAUUAAACGCGCUCGAACAAGUACUAGCCAAAGCCCAUGACCAACUACUCAUGGAAGAGUCUAGAGCUCAGGUAGUUAAGAGCCCCGAUCAUCCACAAGGCUUCUUCGGGAACAUGGUGUCCGGUGUUUUCAAUUCGGACGCACCGCAGUCCCGCAGUGCCACUGCAAAUGAUAGACUCACCGUACUCCUUGCGUUCCAAGAUGCUGUUCGAAUGUGUUUCAAAAUUUGGUCCUGGGGUCAAGGCCGCGAGGCAAAUCACAUUGACACUGACUCAACAUCUUCAUUUAAAUAUACAUCUCUCCGGAUGCGUAACCGCGCAAGACGUUUACUUGAACACGCCUUCACCGCUGAGGCUUUGGAAUGCCUCGAGACAGUAAUUGAUAUCUGGCGCUCAGUAUUAGAGACAUCAAGUAUUGCGAAGCAAUCCGAAGAAGUUUUCAACCUCCUUCCUGCACUGGACGGUUCUCGUCCCCAGCAUACGAUCCCAGCUAUCUUUAAUGCGAUAUAUAGCCGCACGAACCCUAGUGCAUUGGAGCCCUCAAGGAAAUCGACCAUGACUGUGUCAUUGCAAGACACGGAUUUGGUCAUAUUUUUGGUCGAUUACGCACGAUCACUUGAGGAUGAUGCGAUGGACGAAAUCUGGCAAGACUGCAUGGUUUUCUUAAAAGAUCUCCUUGGCAAUCCUUUUCCACACAGGCAAACACUACCUAGUCUGCUAGAAUUCGCCGCCAUACUAGGCGAGAAAGUAGACAACACAAACUUUGGGGAGCAGCGUAAGAUGAGGCGAGAACUCGGGGACCUCUUCCUCAGACUCUUGACAGCUCUUUUUACAACAAGACCUUCGUCUUUCGCUGAUGGGCUGUCAGGCCCCGACGUAGACGUAGAAAACAAAAACAGGACUCCCUCUGAAAGAGCAGAUGACGUUGUUGGUAUUCUGUCUAGAAUCGUACCGAAUCUUCCGAAGAUCCUAGUGGAAUCGGACCGUGUCUUGAGCGCCGCACAGGCAAUAUCUACUAGUCUUAUCGGGCCAGCUAUUCGCUCAAAAAGUUUCCCGGAUACUGUUACAAGAACCACAUUAACCCUUCUCCGGGAACUUACGAGGCUUCCGAGCAACCAGAAAACCUGGAAGAAGGAUGUAAGCGAUGCGUUCAAUGAUCCUAGAUUUUUCGCCUCGCCUGCUGCUCUUGUACAGACUGACUGGCUACCACUCCUGAAGCUUUGGACGGUUACGGACAAAGAUCGUAUGACUGAAAUUUUAAGUCGCAUCUCAUCCCCUACAACAGCAGGAAUCGUUUUUGGGGUUGGUGCAACUUCCGCAAGGCUUGAGGCCGACCGCAAAACUCAGCUGAAUCUUCGUCGUAUCGCAACUUUAAUCCUAGCGUGUGAGACGGACACAUUCGUACCAGAUCUAUCAGCAAUUCUGGACCGUCUUGUUGAACUUUUGGCGGCAACUGCGACGUCUUCACCCUCGUCGACCACGAGAGCUGACAUCUAUAUGGUACUCCGCGCUAUGGUGCUACGGACAUCAACCGUCCACUUAGCCCCUAUCUGGCCGAUUGUCAACUCGGAGCUGCAUGCUGCUAUCUCGUCUGUCGUGGCCCCUGACAAUAGUUCUUCUUCGGAUACGUAUAGUAAUGUGUCCAUUCUCCAUGCAUGCAAGCUGCUAGAUGUCUUGGUUGCUGCAGCGCCUGAUGAUUUUCAGCUGCAUGAAUGGCUAUUUAUCACAGAUACCAUAGAUGCCAUAUACCGCUCGGCUACCUACCAACCAAUCGCGUUAGUGGAUGAAAUAUCGGAAGAGCUAGGAAACACCCUCGCCAGCUCAGGGUUGCCUCAGGAGUCUGCCGCGAUGAUCGCCUCGGGUGGCUCGGGACAGCGGCGACCUCUCUUAGGACCGGGUGGGAUCAACGAUGAACUCACGGUCGACAGGAGGGAUGAGCUUAUUGUUAAGAUUUUGCGGCCCUUCUUUGGCCAGCUUAGCAUUUAUGCCUACGAAUCCACGUACGCUAUGGGCGCGCUGGAUGUUGGGGCGUGCAUAGAGAGUCUCCUCAAGGACCUGUUUGAUGACAAAAGCAUCGUUAAGGCAUUGUAAGGCGUUAUGGGCUUGGGUGACUCAGUGUCAAUGUAUAACAUUAGCCAAAGGACUCCUUUAGAAUUAUCAACUAAACAAGCAAAAAAGCUAUACAACAAUGGUAUACUUACUACCUUACCUGUACGUUACGAAAGUAGAAACAUAG